CCGUCUUCCGCUUCUCUUCCUCCCACCAUCCCUCUCAAUUCCCAUGGUACAACCACCAUGAGCUCCUCUCUACCACCACCGCCAGCUCGCACACACUCACCGCCGAUCCGCGUCUCUUCACCAGAUCAAUUGCGCCAGCUUCUGGGAGAGUAUAGAGGGGGAGCAGCCUCGCCAACCCCUAGCACGAGCAGCGCAGCAAGUCGUCCUUCGAAGCGCGAUUUGAUUAGGUCGAGACAUCCUGCUCCCAAGCAUGUGUCGAAAUUGGAGUCCCUUGGUCGUGAGAACAGGAAGCGCCGGGAUAGCAAGGGCAAGGGCAAGACGAAUGAGCACGAGGGAGCGGAGGCCGACGGGAACACGACCACGGACAUUGGCAUCCUCCCCGAGGAAGUAUACGACGAGUACCUACCACCUCUCGUUGCCCGCCUGCGUCGGCUGCUGAUACGCAGUCUGCGGCGUGAAUCCCUCUUACUCGCACGUCAUCAAUCAGUCGUCCGGCAUCCCAUCUUGGACCGCUUCUUCGUCUACACCUCACUCUUCGGUACGCACUCUUUCUUCCUCAUCUUCCUCCCCACAGCAUUCUGGAUCGGCAGUCCCUACCUUGGCCGUGGGCUUGUCAAUACACUCGCCUUCGGGGUAUACGUCUCUUCCGCGAUCAAGGACUUACUCUGCGUGCCUAGGCCGUACAGCCCUCCGGUGACUAGGCUAACGAUUGGAAGUGUCCACCUGGAAUAUGGGUUUUUGAGCACCCACAGCACAAACAGCGUGGGAAUGGCUCUCUACUUCUACCUCUGGGUCGUAGCUAUGCGCGGCCAGAAUCCACAGUCGGUCGGAUGGAGCAGUGGAUGGUGGGAGGUAGGCUUCGCGCUGUACUGCUUCAGCGUGGUGUAUGGGCGCAUCUAUGCCGGGAUGCACUCCAUCGUCGAUUGCGUGACGGGCUCGUUGCUGGGCAUGGCAAUUACGAUGACGCAGUGGUGCGCCUUCGAUUGGAUCGAGGCAUUUCUCAAGAUCGAGGGAUGGACCGUGCCCGGUGUUCUGGUGCCGGCGUGCCUCUUCAUGGUGUACGUCCACCCGCAGCCCUUGGAUGACUGCCCGUGCUUCGAGGAUGCAAUCGCUUUCAUCUCCGUAGUACAAGGCGUCAACCUUGCUCGCUGGGCAUCACAGCGCUACUCCCUUCUACAAUUCCCAGACUUGGACCCUUUCGAUCCCCUGCCUCUCAACAGCAGCUCAAUAGCACCCAGCGAUACUUCCGCACGCAAUCCUCUGAUUCGCGCUACCCUCUACCUCCUCACCAUCAUCGUAGGCGUGUUCUUCAUCUUCCUGACUCGUGUUCUGGUCAAAACCACUUGCAAGCUGGCCCUCCCCACAAUCUUUCGCUUCUUCGACCGCACCUUCGGGCUCGUCCUACCACGAAGGCACUACAUCCCCUCAAGCGAGUAUGACGAGGUGCCACUACAGUUCAACGAGCUGCUGCGCUCCAACUCCUUUGUGGAUCUGCCAAAUACCUUGACGCCUACUGUCACGCCAGCAGGGCCUUGGCCGGAUGUGGGUCACCCAUCAAGACGGGAGAACAGUAGUGGGGGAUUGUCGAGUGGGAGUGAGACUAGCUCUACUGCCUGGACGUCCGGGCAUGACUUGGGAUAUCGCGGAGUCUCGCGAGAUGGCAGCAGCGGGAUGCUCAGCGUGCCAGGGAGCAGCGAGAGCGAAUACGAGUACGACCGCAGCGGGAGUGCAACGCCCGUAUCUCGACCUGUCAGCCCCUUGAGCAGCCAAGGGAGACCGCCCUCGCCUCUCAAAAGCACAGCUGCAGCGGGUAUGUCCAGCUUGACGGACGCCUCACAACAGCUUGCGGCGCAGAAGGACGACCAAGCAUCGCCCAACGGCUCUUCUCAUUUGAUCCAAUAUGCACCAGCCCCUAAUUCCUCCUUGUCAGUGCCCCUCACCCGUCCAGCUGGGCAGGGGGGCACCGAGCUACCAUCAGACAAAGUCGCGAAUACACUGGCUGCCAACUUGAGCGAGGAGGAGCGCAUCAAGCAGGAAGAAGCGGCUCAGCAGGCGAACAAGAGCGGUUCAACGGAGGUCAAGCAUUACGAUGUUGAUGUGCUGACCAAGGUGCUCGUCUACACUGCGAUCGGAUUUGUUGCCGCAGGGCCACUGCCGGCGUUAUUCGAUCGGCUAGGGUGGACGGCAUGAUGAGCGAGAGGGGUCACAAUGUACAUUGCUUUUAUUCCCUCUUCUCUCUAAUCUACACGUGUUUACCAUCCAUCAUUACAUCUCCCCAUCCAUCCCACUCAGCGGCCCAGCAUCGUACGCGCCUGCCACCAGACAAAGGUUCCUCGGCGUGACCCUCACAUCCACCAUCGGGGUGCGCUUCGUCCUGAAAGUAGCGACACAGUCAGCGCUGGCAUCCUCGACUCGCACACCCGAGCCGGGAAUAACGCCGUUUCCUCCUGCUCCACCGUUUGAGAUUCCCGCUACAUCGCCAUCCUCAGGGCUGGCUGAAGCGCCCUUUGCCCCACCGGUACCGCGCACAUCCCAACAGCGAACUGUACAGUCGUCGGCAGCCGAGAUCAGGACGUUGCCCGUAGCGGUAAAGUCGAGCGAGUUGAUCCUCCCCUGAUGGCCCCACAUCUUCUUGAUCCU